AUGUUCCCAGGCUGCCCUCGCCUCUGGAUCCUGGUGGUCCUGAGCUCCAGCUGGGCGGGCUCGGGGAGCCCCGGGGCCGAAGCAGCAAGGAUACGGCAGUUUUACGUAGCCGCCCAGGGCAUCAGCUGGAACUACCGCCCUGAGCCCACAAACCAGAGUUUGGAUCCUUUUGCAACUUCCUUUAAGAAAAUUGUCUACAGAGAGUAUGAAGCAUAUUUUCAAAAAGAAAAACCACGAUCCAGGACUUCAGGACUCCUUGGGCCCACUUUAUAUGCCGAAGUUGGAGACACCAUGAGAGUUCACUUUAAGAAUAAGGCAGGCAAGCCCUUAAGCAUCCAUCCUCAAGGGGUUACGUACAGCAAAGCCUCAGAAGGUGCUUCCUACACUGACCACACAUCCCCUGCAGAGAAGAUGGAUGAUGCCGUUGCCCCAGGCCGAGAGUACACCUACGAGUGGGUUAUCAGUGAGGACAGCGGGCCCACACGCGACGACCCGCCAUGUCUCACACACAUCUACUACUCUUACGAAAAUCUGGUACAGGACUUCAACUCUGGGCUGAUCGGACCUCUGCUUAUUUGUAAGAAAGGCACCCUAACUGAGGAUGGGAUUCAGAAGAUGUUUGACAAGCAGCACGUGCUGAUGUUCGCUGUGUUCGAUGAAAGCAAGAGCUGGAGCCGGUCGCCAUCGCUAAUGUACACGGUCAACGGCUACGUGAACGGGACGAUGCCAGAUAUAACAGUUUGUGCCCAUGACCACAUCAGCUGGCAUCUGAUUGGAAUGAGCUCUGGACCAGAACUGUUCUCCAUUCAUUUCAAUGGCCAGGUCCUGGAGCAGAACCAUCAUAAGAUCUCAGCCAUCACCCUCGUCAGUGCUACGUCCACCACCGCAAACAUGACUGUGAGCCCAGAGGGGAAGUGGACAAUAUCUUCUCUCAUCCCAAAACAUUUUCAAGCUGGGAUGCAGGCUUACAUAGACAUUAAAAACUGCGCAAAGAAAACCAGGAAUCUUAAGACGCUAACUCGCGAGCAGAGGCGGCACAUGAAGAGGUGGGAAUACUUCAUCGCGGCGGAGGAAGUCAUCUGGGACUACGCACCUGUAAUACCAGCGACCAUGGACAAAAAAUACAGAUCUCUGCAUUUGGAUAAUUUCUCAAACCAAAUUGGAAAACACUAUAAGAAGGUUGUCUACAAACAGUACCAAGAUGAGUCCUUCACCAAACGCCUGGAGGAUCCCAAUAUCAAAGAAAAUGGGAUCUUGGGCCCAAUUAUCAGAGCUCAAGUCAGAGACACACUCAAAAUCGUGUUCAAAAAUAUGGCCAGCCGUGUCUACAGCAUUUACCCUCACGGAGUGACCUUCUCUCCUUUUGAAGAUGAAGUCAACUCUUCCUUCUCCUCAGGCAGUAACACCAUGAUCAGAGCAGUUCAACCAGGGGAAACCUAUACUUACAAGUGGAACAUCAUGGAGUCAGAUGAGCCCACAGAGAAUGAUGCCCAGUGCUUAACGAGACCCUACUACAGCAAUGUGGACAUCACGAGGGACACUGCCUCUGGGCUGAUAGGGCUACUUCUAAUUUGUAAGAGCAGGUCCCUGGACAAGCGAGGCAUACAGAGGGCAGCAGACAUCGAGCAGCAGGCCGUGUUUGCUGUGUUCGACGAGAACAAGAGCUGGUACAUUGAGGACAACAUCCACAAGUUUUGUGAAAAUCCUGACAAGGUGAACCGCGAUGACCCCAAGUUUUAUGAAUCAAACCUCAUGAGCACUAUCAAUGGCUAUGUGCCGGAGAGCAUACCCACCCUGGGUUUCUGUUUCGAUGACACUGUCCAGUGGCACUUUUGCAGUGUGGGAACCCAAGAUGACAUUUUGACCAUUCACUUCACUGGGCACUCAUUCAUCUAUGGAAAGAGGCACGAGGACACGCUGACCCUCUUUCCCAUGCGUGGGGAAUCUGUGACCGUCACGAUGGACAAUGUUGGAACCUGGAUGUUAACUACCAUGAAUUCCAAUCCAAGAAGCAAAAACCUACGGCUGAGAUUCAGGGAUGUGAAGUGUAUCCGGAACGAUGAUGAAGACCUGUAUGAGAUAUACGAACCUUCAGCGUCUACGGCCAUGACUACAAGGAAAAUGCGUAACUCUACAGAAAUCCGAGAUAAUGGGGAUGAUGCUGAAUAUGAUUACCAGGACAUACUGGCUUUGUCGCUAGGAAUUAGGUCAUUCAGAAAUUCAUCAUUGAAUCAGGAGGAAGAUGAGUUGAAUCUUACUGCUCUAGCCCUGGAGAACAGCUCUGAAUUCAUCCCUCCAAAUACUGAUACGGCCAUUGGUUCAAAUUCUUCUUCUCCACAUAACGUUAGCAGGCUCACUGCCAAUAACAUUGCAGAACCUCACAUGACCCCUCCUCACCCAGAAGCCACCACAGGUGGUCCCCACGUGGGACACAUUAACUUAGAAAAGAACUCAGUUCUCAACCUUUCCACAGAAGAGCUUUCCAGCCCCUAUUCUGAAGACCCUAUAGAGGAUCCUCUGCAGUCGAAUGUCACGGAGAUAAGCUUACUUCCACCAGGCGCAGAAGGGUUCAGAAGUCAAGAACAUGCUAAACAUGAGAGAUUCAAGGUAGGGAGAGAACAAGCGGCAAAGCACAGGUCCUCCCCGCUGGAAUUCCCAGCGCACGAAACUGGGCGCCAUUUAAGCCAAGGCAACUCUUCUCCUCCCCGAAUGGGGCCCUGGAAGGCCCCUCCCAGUGGCCUGUUACUCCUAAAACAAAAGACGCCAUCUAGGAUUCUGAAUGGGAAAUGGCAUUUGGUUUCUGAAAAAGGGAGUUAUGAGAUAAUCCAGGAGGCUGAUGGAGACGUGGCUGGUAAUGAGGUGCCAAGUGGCCCCUGGAACGCCUCCAGGGCCUGGGGAGAAGGCACCCCUCUUACAGACAAGCCUGGGCAUCGGGGCAGCCACCCGAAGUCUUCUAGAUUUAGAUAUAAAUUUCCACAAGUAAGACAGGAUGGAGGAAACAGUGGGUUGAAGAAUGGCACUUUUUUCAUUAGGACACGAAAAAAGAAAAAGGAAGAGAAGCUUGCACACUACGUUCCUUUUUCUCCAAGGGGCUUUCGUCCUCUAAGAGGAGAGGCCAACGUCACAUUUUCAGACUUACUUCACGAGUCUAGUGAGACACCUUUCCCCACCAACCACAAUCACACAUUGCCCUCUGCGAAUCUUAGCCUGGCAGCCUCACUUCCUGACCAUAACCAGAACCCCCCAAACGACACCAACCACACAAGCUCCCCUCCAGAUUCCUAUCAGAUGAUGCCCCCAGAAGAGCAUCAUCAAACGUUCCCUAUUCGAGACUCUGACCACGUGCGCUUCACUACAGACCCCAGUCACAGAUCCUCUCCAGGGCCUGGCCAGACACUCGACUAUGGCCUAAGAAAUGAGUCCUUCCCUAGUGACAUGGGAAAAAUGCCCCCUUCCUUAGAACUUGAAGUCUGGCAGGCAACCAUGUCUCCAGACCUCAGUCACCCAUCCCUCUCCCCAGAACUCCAUCAGACAACCCUCUCUCCAGACCUCGGCCAGGAGCCUCUCUCUCCAGACCUCGGCCAGGAGCCUCUCUCUCCAGACCUCGGCCAGGAGCCUCUCUCUCCAGACCUCGGCCAGGAGCCUCUCUCUCCAGACCUCGGCCAGGAGCCUCUCUCUCCAGACCUCGGCCAGGAGCCUCUCUCUCCAGACCUCGGCCAGGAGCCUCUCUCUCCAGACCUCGGCCAGGAGCCUCUCUCUCCAGACCUCGGCCAGGAGCCUCUCUCUCCAGACCUCGGCCAGGAGCCUCUCUCUCCAGACCUCGGCCAGGAGCCUCUCUCUCCAGACCUCGGCCAGGAGCCUCUCUCUCCAGACCUCGGCCAGGAGCCUCUCUCUCCAGACCUCGGCCAGGAGCCUCUCUCUCCAGACCUCGGCCAGGAGCCUCUCUCUCCAGACCUCGGCCAGGAGCCUCUCUCUCCAGACCUCGGCCAGGAGCCUCUCUCUCCAGACCCAACCCAUUCCCCUGACUUUGGUCAGUUGCCCCUUUCCCCUGACCUCGGCCAGGAGACUCUCUCUCCAGACCUCGGCCAGGAGACUCUCUCUCCAGACCUCGGCCAGGAGACUCUCUCUCCAGACCUCGGCCAGGAGACUCUCUCUCCAGACCUCGGCCAGGAGACUCUCUCUCCAGACCUCACCCAGACGAUUCGUUCCCCUGACUUUGGUCAGUUGCCCCUUUCCCCUGACCUCAGCCAGGAGACUCUCUCUCCAGACCACAGUCAGAUGACUCUUCCUCCUCAUCUCGGGCAGACAUCACCCCCUCCAGACCCUGAUCAGACACCUCAUGCUUCUGAAUCCAGUCAGUCAUUGCCUCUUCCAGAAUUUGAUCCGAUUUUCCCUUACCCUGACCUUGGUCAGAGGCCAUCUACUCCGCUGUCUCCUACACUAAAUAGCACGUUUCUACCAAGGGAGCUUAAUCCACUGGUUGUGCUCGGCUUCAGCGAUGAUGAUGGAGAUUACACUGAGAUCAUACCAAGGGAGAAGGAAGACAGCAGCGAAGAAGACUAUUUUGAAGUUGAUUAUGUGGCCUAUGAUGACCCUUACAAAACUGAUAUUAGGACAGACAUCAACUCCUCCAGAAACCCUGACAACAUUGCAGCAUGGUACCUCCGCAGCAACAACGGGAACAGAAAAAAUUAUUACAUUGCUGCCGAAGAAAUAUCCUGGGAUUACGCAAAAUUUGCACAAAGUGAACUGGACGAUGAAGACAGCACUGUUCCAAAGGACACCGUGUACAAGAAAGUGGUGUUUCGACAGUACCUUGAUAGCACUUUUACCAGACGUGACCCCCGGGGGGAGUAUGAAGAGCAUCUUGGCAUUCUUGGUCCUGUUAUUAGAGCUGAAGUGGACGAUGUUAUCCAAGUUCGGUUUAAAAAUUUGGCAUCCAGACCAUAUUCUCUUCAUGCCCAUGGGCUUUCCUAUGAAAAAUCAUCAGAGGGAAAGACUUAUGAAGAUGACUCUCCCGAAUGGUUUAAAGAAGACAACGCCAUUCAGCCAAACGGCAGUUACACAUACGUGUGGCACGCCACUGGCCGGUCAGGGCCAGAAAACCCUGGCUCCGCCUGUCGGGCCUGGGCCUACUACUCAGCAGUGAACCCGGUCAAGGACAUCCAUUCGGGCUUGAUAGGCCCCCUUCUGAUCUGCCGGAGAGGUACACUGCAUAAGGAGAGCAACAUGCCUGUGGACAUGCGAGAAUUUGUCCUGCUCUUCAUGGUCUUUGAUGAAAAGAAGAGCUGGUACUAUGAAAAGAAGCCCCAGAGGUCUUGGAGACGUGUGUCCUUGGAAGUAAAACAGUCUCAUGAGUUUCAUGCCAUUAACGGGAUGAUCUACAACUUGCCUGGCCUGAGAAUGUACGAUCCCGUCAUUCACGUGGUUCACAUCCAUGGCCAGACCUUGCUGGAAAAUGGCACUCAACAGCACCAGUUAGGGGUCUGGCCCCUUCUGCCUGGUUCAUUUAAAACUCUUGAAAUGAAGGCAUCAAAACCUGGCUGGUGGCUCCUAGACACAGAGGUUGGAGAAAACCAGAGAGCGGGGAUGCAAACGCCAUUUCUCAUCAUAGACAGAGAAUGUAAGAUGCCAAUGGGACUAAGCACUGGCAUCAUAGCUGAUUCGCAGAUCAAGGCGUCUGAGUUUUCGGGUUAUUGGGAGCCCAAAUUAGCAAGAUUAAACAAUGGUGGAUCAUAUAAUGCUUGGAUAACAGAAAAAACAUCAACAGAAUUUGACUCUAAACCUUGGAUCCAGGUGGACAUGCAAAGGGAAAUCCUGGUCACAGGGAUCCAGUCCCAAGGUGCCAAACACUACCUGAAGUCCUACUACACCACCGAGUUCCGUGUGGCUUACAGCUCCGACCAGACCAACUGGCAGAUCUUCAAAGGGAACAGCACCAAGAACGUGAUGUAUUUUGAUGGCAAUUCAGACGCCUCUACAAUAAAAGAAAAUCGGUUUGAUCCACCUAUCACGGCUAGAUAUAUUAGGAUCUAUCCAACUAGAUUCUAUUACAAACCUGCCCUUCGGUUGGAGCUGCAAGGCUGUGAGAUUAAUGGAUGCUCCACCCCGCUUGGUAUGGAAAGUGGAAAGAUAGAAAACACGCAAAUCACAGCCUCCUCAUUUAAAAAGUCUUGGUGGGGAGAUUACUGGGAACCCUUCCGUGCCCGCCUGAACGCCCAGGGCCGUGUGAAUGCCUGGCAAGCCAAGGCAAACAACAACAAACAGUGGUUACAAAUUGAUCUGCUCAAAGUCAAGAAGAUAACUGCCAUCAUAACACAGGGUUGCAAGUCUCUGUCCUCUGAAAUGUAUGUGAAGAGCUAUGCCAUCCACUACAGUGACCAGGGAGUGGAAUGGAAACCUUACAGGCACAAGUCCUCCAUGGUGGACAAGAUUUUCGAAGGAAAUAGUAAUAUCAAAGGACAUGUGAAGAACUUUUUCAACCCACCAAUCAUUUCUAGGUUUAUCCGCAUCAUUCCGAAAACAUGGAAUCAAAGUAUUGCACUUCGCCUGGAACUCUUUGGCUGUGAUAUUUACUAGAAUUGA